CGCGGCGCAGCCUCGCGAGAGCGCGGCCGCUGCGGCAGGAGCAGCGCCAGGGGGGCCGGCGGCCGCCGCCUCCCGCCGCCGGACGGCACGGGUCGGGCUGGGCCACCGCGCUUUGCUAAAGCUUCCAGGAGUUUUCCUCUUGCUUUUCCUGUGGAACGGGGAGGCUGAGUGUAUGCCAGCAUGGCAGAAAAAGUGAACAACUUCCCUCCCCUGCCGAAGUUCAUCCCCUUGAAGCCAUGUUUCUACCAGGACUUCGAUGCAGAGAUCCCUCCGCAGCACCGUACCAUGGCCAAGCGGCUUUACUACCUCUGGAUGUUGAACAGCAUCACCUUGGCAGUGAAUCUGGUUGGCUGCCUUGCAUGGCUGAUCGGAGGCGGCGGAGCCGUCAAUUUUGGACUGGCAAUUCUCUGGCUCAUUCUCUUUACGCCCUGCUCCUAUGUGUGCUGGUUUAGACCUAUUUACAAAGCUUUCAAGACAGACAGUUCCUUCAACUUCAUGGCUUUCUUCUUCACCUUCAUGGCCCAGCUGGUGAUCAGCAUUAUCCAGGCGGUGGGAAUCCCUGGCUGGGGUGUCUGUGGCUGGAUUGCAGCAAUUUCCUUCUUCGGGACCAACGUGGGCUCAGCUGUGGUGAUGCUGAUCCCCACUGUCCUCUUCACAGGGAUGGCAGUCUUCUCCUUCAUCGCUCUCACCAUGGUGCAUAAGUUCUACCGGGGGAGCGGUGGAAGCUUUAGCAAAGCCCAGGAGGAGUGGACCACAGGGGCCUGGAAGAACCCCCACGUGCAGCAGGCAGCACAGAACGCGGCCAUGGGGGCGGCCCAGGGGGCCAUGAUGCAGCACGAAACGCAGUACUCGGCCACCCCAAACUACACCUACUCCAACGAGAUGUGAGCAGCAGGACUCUGUCCUCUGGAGAAAGAUCUUGGGGAGGGGAUGGAGGAGGAGGAGGAAGGAGGCUGAGCCGAGUUUCUGCAGCCACACCAGAAAGUCGGAGUGUACCAUAAGGGUGGUUCUUUUCCUGUUCUUUGUAACAAGAUUGGGAUUUGUUUCUGGUUUAGGGCUUUUUGUUUGUUUUUGGUUUGUUUUUUUCCCCUCAUUACUGUCUUGAGCUCUUCUCUUUUUUUUUUCUCCUUUCUUUUUCAUUUUGAGGAGGUCAUGAGUUGACCUGCAGGGCUCUUGUUGUGUGUGGUAGUUCAGUGUCCGUUCACUUGUCUUCUUUUUCCCUGUGAAGUAGUGUACAGUGGUGGGGUUUUCAUUACUGUGGUGAUAGGUGUACGUUAGAACCACAUCAGCCAAGAGCUCCCCCAGCUCCCUUUCCCCAAACGCCCUCAAAAGGGAAAGAUAAAAACAGCAACCAGCACCUAUCUCUCCCCUACUGGAAUAAGCCCUGAAUGGUGGGUUUGGGUUUCUGACCUGUGUGAGUUUCCUCUUUCAGUCGAUAGCAUCCAGCCACUGUCUCAGCAAGGGCAAGCAAACCUGGGAAUUCUCCCUUUCCUUUUGCUUUUUAAUUAGCAGGUGGCUGGUUUAGCAUUUAAAAACAAAGGAGGUGUGGGGGGAGAACCCCUCACUCCUGCUGUUGAUUAUGCUGGAAGCCAAGAGAUUCCUAAUCUACACCCUGGCUCAGGAUCUACAACUUCCCUCCAUGUGUGGUGUUGUAAAUGAGUAGUUCACAUUUUUGAUGUGGAGGAUCUGUACUGGUGUGUGCCAGUGGGCAGGAGCCCUGGUGCUGUGCGUGUGUGUGGCUGUGUGUGUGAGUGUGUUGGGAAGCAAGGACAAGUUUUCCCUGCGGGAUACAACCUUCCCCUUCCAGGUACUGCAUUCCCAAGCCUGGUUUUUAAAGGCUUCUGUUGUGAAAAGCUGCUCUAAAAUUGGCAGAGUGUUUGGCAGAGGACCCUAUUCUUGGGUAAUUCUCUGGGCCACAUCCCUGGGCAAGCACAUGGAACCAGCCUCACUGACUGCCCAGUGGCUUGUCUCUGUUAGCUUUUGAGGCAUGUGCUGAUUUAAGGCUCUUUAGGAAGCCUCCAGGCUAGUGGGAAGGAUUCCUGCUCACUUCCACUUUCAGAAAGUGCAGUGAAAUGUGGCCUCCUGCAGAAAUCCCUGCUCCUGUCAGCCCCAAAUCCCUGCUCCUGUCAGCCCCAAAUCCCUGCUCCUGUCAGCCCCAAAUCCUCUGCCCAGUUAGGGGAGGUCAGGCUUUGAGCAGUGGCAGGCAACUGAGCUUAGACGAACACUCCUUGGGCUGUGGCAACUGGGGAAGGUGAGCAGCAGAUCCUGGGAAAAUGUCAGUUCCUAACUGGGAACUGAUGGACACUGCAGGGCUGGAAUAGGGAAGACUCCUCCUUGGAGAUGCUUUCCAGACUCUAAAUGCACUUUAAGCCAAAUUUUCACCAAGCCCUAGCAAAGCAUCCCCUUGGGUUAAAUCACCCCUGCCUGCCGCAGGUGUGACAAGCUCAGCGUGCCACUGCUCACGCCCACAGCUAACCAGGGUCUUGCCAGCUCUCACCCCCAGCCCCUUUAGCUGUCUGGUGAUGCUUGUCUGUGACUCCCACCCAUUGAGAAUCGCCCCAAAGAGCAACUUCUCUCCUCCAGCAGAGCACACCAAGAAUAGUUUCCUUUGUAAGGGUAUUACCAUGUCAGUCACUCUGCAGUAAGCAAGGCGUCUCUUGACAAGACUAAAACUCAGCUGAUGAUCCAAUGCCUGUCUCUGUGUGUAUAGAAUAUCUCUGUUUUAAAAUGUAAAGGGGAAAGUAAUCCUUUGCUGAGCCUAUUAUGUACUUAACCAGGUUUCAAUAUCGUGCAAUUCAUUUAUAGCUAGCCUAAAACUUACUAUGCCAAACCAUGUGCUGUGUCAUUCCUGUCUGUGGUGGAUUGCAGUGAUUUCACCUUCUGCAUUUACAGUAAGAUGCAUAAAUAACUGUAACAAGCUCUAACUAACAGACGUUGCUUCAGCACCCAAA